UAAAAGGUAAAAAUCCCUUGAUUUGUUGAUUGCCGGUUCAUCACUGAUACGCGCCGAGAUUCCCGCCGCAACAUCUGUCCGGUUACGGAUAUUUCGAUCUUCCGUUGGUUAUGCUAACAAUGUUUCUCCGAACUCGUUCGGGGCUAGGAUCAACUCCGGGGUCUCGGACUAAAUGUUCUCGAAGGCAAGUGUCCUGACUCCGGGUUCUAGUCCGGUGUGACUCGGGGCCGAUCUUCAGUCUUGCAUUGUGAUGUUCCCAGCAUGUUCUUUCAUGUCGUAGGCGUACUCGAUCUCGACCGUAUACAAGUUAUUUGCAACUAGCGCUUGAACAUAAAUUUAGUUACAACUUAAAAAAAAAGUUUUUGAAGUUGUGUUGAAAAAUAAUUAUUAGAAAUUGAAGUUUUAUUUGGACAUGCAAUUUAAUUGUGAGUGGGAUAUCAACUAAACCCGUUUUGGGGAAUUGUUUUCAAAAACUAAUCAUAUUAAAAAAAAGAUUUGAAAAAAAAAAACAGCCAAUAGUGUUGUGAGAUAAAAAUAAAGAAAAAUAAGAGUGAACGUUAAAAGUGUUUCGACUUUGUAAGCCUGGGUGUGCAUAGCUCGUCCUGGAUAUAAUAGGAAAAUGGACAAAGAAAAGCAGUGAACAUCGUAAGAAGUUAAAUGUUGUUUCAAAGAAGGAAUAUCUGUUCAAUCUAUAGAAGCAUUUCAGUCGCUGAUGCACUUUCCUCGAAAUCCACUUCCCAUUUCAUCCAAGACUCCAUUUUUCACUACACAGAAGAGGUUUUAGCAUCAAAACUUGCUCCAAUUCUACAAUCCUGCACUUCUCUUACAGAAAAUAAUAUUGGCUCUGUUAUUCAAAAAGGAAAGCAGAUUCAUGCCCAAGUCACUGUAAAUGGAAUCGACAACUUGGGUAUUCUUGGUACAAGGAUCUUGGGCAUGUAUGUUUUGUGUAACAGGUUUACUGAUGCCAAGAACUUGUUUUUUCAGCUGCAGUUGUGUUAUGCUUCCCCUUGGAAUUGGAUGAUUAGAGGCUAUACAAUAAUGGGUUGUUUUAAUCUUGCAAUCUUGUUGUUCUUUAAAAUGUUGGUUUUUGGUACUAAUCCUGAUAAAUACACUUUUCCUUAUGUGGUUAAGGCUUGUGCUGGUAUAAAUUCUGUGAAAUUAGGUAAAUGGCUACAUGGGAUGGUACAAAGUUUAGGUUUUGAGGAUGAUGUGUUUGUGGGCAGUGCUUUUAUUAAGUUCUACGCUGAGAAUGGUUGUUUGGCCGAUGCUCGUCUUUUGUUCGAUAAAAUGUCUCAAAGGGAUAGUGUCUUGUGGAAUGUGAUGAUUAAUGGCUAUGCUAAAGAUGAGCAAUCAGUGAAUGAUGUGGUUGGGUUAUUUAGGGAGAUGAGGAAAAGUGAAACUAAGCCUAAUUCAGUAACAUAUGCUUGUGUUCUUUCGGUUUGCGCCUCGGAAACAAUGGUUAAAUUUGGUUGUCAGCUUCAUGGGCUUGUUGUUAGGUGUGGGUUGGAAAUGGAUUCUCCAGUAGCCAAUACGUUGAUCACGAUGUAUUCUAAAUUCUGUUCCUUGUUUCACGCACGAAAGUUGUUCGAUUUAGUGCCACAAGCAGACCGCGUGACUUGGAAUGGGAUGAUUGGAGGGCACGUGCAAAAUGGGUAUAUGGAUGAGGCACUGGAAUUAUUUCAUGAAAUGGUAGCUACCAGUGUCAAACCAGACUCUAUCACCUUUGCCAGUUUGCUCCCCUCAGUUUCAAUUUCAGAAAAUCUAUACCAGGGGAAGGCAAUUCAUGGUUACAUCAUGAGACAUGAUGUAUCUGUGGAUGUUUUCUUAAAGAAUGCGAUAAUUGAUAUGUACUUCAAAUGUGGGAAUGUUGAGGCAGCACGCAACAUAUUUAACUUCAGCCCUGCGGUGGAUGUUGUUAUAUGCACUGCUAUGAUUUCAGGAUUUGUUCUUAAUGGCAUGAGUUUUGAUGCCCUGGAUGUUUUCCGAUGGUUACUUAUUAAGAAAAUGAGGCCCAAUCCUGUUACUCUAGCAAGUACUUUACCAGCUUGUGCUAAUUUGGCUGCUCUGAGAUUAGGUAAGGAACUGCAUGGUGUCAUUGCUAAACGUGGUUUCCAAGGAAUACUUUAUGUGGGAAGUGCAGUGAUGGACAUGUAUGCAAAGUGUGGAAGAUUGGAUCUUGCUCAACAAGUAUUCAGAAGGAUGUCUGAAAGAGAUGUUGUUUGUUGGAACUCAAUGAUCACAAGCUGUUGCCAGAACGCUGAGCCGGAAUUGGCCAUUGACUUUUUCCACCAAAUGGGUGCAGAUGGAGCCAAAUAUGAUUGUGUCAGCAUAUCCAGUGCUCUUUCUGCAUGUGCAAAUUUGCCAGCUCUCCAUUAUGGGAAAGAGAUCCAUGGCUUCAUUAUGAAAAGUGCAUUUAGCUCUGAUGUUUUUGUGGGAAGUGCAUUAAUAGAUAUGUAUGCUAAAUGUGGGAACUUAGAGGUAGCUUGGCGUGUUUUUGACUUGAUGGCGAACAAGAAUGAAGUAUCAUGGAAUAGUAUUAUUGCAGCUUAUGGAAAUCAUGGCCGACUUAAGGACUGUCUGGAUUUGUUUCAUGGGAUGCGAAAAGAUGGAUUCCAGCCUGACCAUGUCACAUUUCUUGCGAUCAUAUCAGCUUGUGGCCAUUCUGGUCGAGUUGAAGAAGGAAAGUACUACUUCAAUUGCAUGACUCAAGAAUAUGGGAUUACGCCCCGAAUGGAGCAUUAUGCAUGCAUGGUUGACUUGUUUGGGAGAGCUGGCCUUGUGGAAGAAGCAUUUGGAGUGAUUAAGAGUAUGCCGAUUGCUCCAGAUGCAGGAAUUUGGGGAACGUUGCUUGGGGCUUGUCGCUUACAUGGCAAUACUGAGCUUGCUGAAAUGGCUUCUGAGCAUCUGUUAGGCUUGGACCCGCAAAAUUCUGGCUACUACAUAUUACAAGCAAAUCUACAUGCUAAUGCGGGUAAAUGGGAUAUGGUGUCUAAAAUUCGUCAUAUGAUGAAGGAAAGAGGAGUGCAGAAAAUACCUGGUUACAGCUGGACUGAAGUUAACAAUAGCACUCAUAUUUUUGGUGCUGCAGACACCAGUCACCCACAGUCUGCUCAGAUAUAUCUUUUAUUAGAUAAUCUUCUAAUGGAGCUGCAAAAUGAGGGUUAUGUUCCUCAAAUUAACCUUCAACAACAGCGUAAGUCUGUUAAUUCUGAUUAAAUCACUAUUAACCACAUUGAAUAUAGCUUAGCUCGAGCACUAUAUCGACACUUCAGGUCAGGAUAAAUAUCAUAUUUGCGUUGGGCCAUUGAUUAAAGUUCAUUUGACCACAUUUGAAAACGGAAUUAGAUUUAAACUGGGCAAGAGUUCAUACUUCUUCUGACAUGUACCAUAGUAGUCUUUUGCUUUCUGGUUCUUUCAUUUGCUUCAUUUAUACUGAAUGAACAAAUGUGCAUGAUCUCCAUAGCAGUUCAGCAGUUUCCUUAGUCAUCCUCUGUUCUUCUA